UCUACUUCUUCUCUCCCGCCGCAAAGUAUCGGCAAGAAUCGUAUGCGAGGCUCAGCGAGAGAACUAUACUUCUUUGUGCUUAGUAUACUAACCAAGUAAUGCAUUCGGAUUUAUCGCCACAUCUGCAUACACCCGAGUGCAAUCGGUUGAUUGACCUGCUGAAGAAGUGCCACGAAGAGAACAAAUACGCCAAAUUCCUUGGAGUGUGCAACGAUUUCGAUCAUAAGGUCGUUGCGUGCCUGCGGGAGGAGCGAAAGGAACGGAGCCGACUAAACCGGGAGCGGUCUGUGGAGAAGCAAAGGCUCGUACAAGAGCGCAUGAAGCAGUUCGACAAAGAGGAAAAAUCUCGGAGUUCGGCGUAG